AUAGAUUUGUCCCAGUGUGCCCCAGAAUAAGGAAGUAGAAUGAACUGACAAACCCCUUGCCUUCAGAGUCUAAUAAGAAUGGAAAGUACCAGUACGGGAAAGUGAAAGGAACAUCCUCUAAACAAUGUAUUGUAGGGGGUAUUGUGCUUGAGUUACACGCUUGUAUCACUAUUUCAACUGACAAGGUCUGAACGCACUUCUGGGAAAUGGCUCAAAAUUGCCUCAAGUGCUUGAAAUACACCAUGUGUGUGGUUAACUUCUUGUGCUUUAUCUGUGGAACUGCAGGGUUUGGUUUUGGAGUGUUCAUGAUGAUGAACUCGAAGGUGUCAUCUCUCAUCCCAUCCCUGUCCUCCUUGAACAUUGCCAACAUGCUCUUCAUCACCGGCAUCAUCAUGACCUGUGUGUCCUUCCUGGGGUUCCUGGGGGCCCUGAAAGAGAACCGCUGCCUCCUUGUCACUUUUUUCAUCCUGCUGUUCAUUCUGAUGUUGGUGGAGCUGACUGCAGCCUUUCUACUGCUUUUAUAUGAGAGCAAGAUUGACAGCUUCCUACAGAGGGAUCUCACAGACAGUCUGGAGAAGUCCAGGGAAUCAGCUAAAGGUGGGAAUUCAACAAUGAGCAAGGGCGACUGGGACAUCAUUCAGACCAUGUUCCAUUGCUGUGGGGUCCAUAACUCAAGUGACUGGAAGGAUAAAGUGCCUGCGUCCUGCUGCUCCAAGACCCAAUGUCACAUCAAUCAGCCGGGUUGUUACAAUAAAUUGAAGGCCUGGUUUGAGGGGAACUUCCUAGCCACUGGAGUUGCUGUGAUUGUGCUCUGCAUUAUUGAGGUCCUGGGCAUGUGUUUUUCCGUGACUCUGUUUUGCCACAUAAGCCAGUCUGGACUCAGCUACAAAUGAUAAAAACAGUGUUUAUUUUUAUGUUUGUUUUUUGUAAAAUAAUCCCCUCUCGGUUCAUGCUCUCUAUGAUGUUUCAUUUCAUUACAUGCUAAAAGGCAGGCACUUUUGACAUUUUAGUCAUUUAGCAGACACUCUUAUCCAGAGUGACUUACAGGAGCAAUUUGCUCAAGAGCACAUCGACAGAGUUUUCACCUAGUCAGUUUGUGGGUUCGAACCAGUGUCCUUUUUGUCUUCUUAACAGCUAGGCUACCUACCUGCACUUUUGAAUGCUAUAUAAUACUAUUGAUACUGUGACUGUACUGACACAUUUUGUAAACAACCCAAAUAAUUCAAUAAACAUUGAGCUGUUAUUUAAUUUUAACCCCACAA